AUGUCCAUGAUCCUCUUCGCAUGCGUGGUACGCGUGAGGGACGGACUGCCCCUGUCGGCCUCCACUGACUUUCACCACACGCAGGAUUUCCUGGAAUGCAAGAGGCGGCUCAAGACGUUAGCCUUGCGACUGGCCCAGUACCCAGACCGGGGCUCUGCAGAGGGACGGGACCUCAGGAUGCAUUUUUUUUCUGCAGGGGAUGUGGCCUGCAUGGCUAUCUGCUCCCGCCAGUGUCCAGCAGCCAUGGCCUUCUGCUUCCUGGAGACGCUAUGGUGGGAAUUCACCGCUUCCUAUGACACCACCCGCAUUGGCUUAGCCUCCAGGCCAUACACCUUUCUCGAAUUCGACAGCGUCAUUCAGAAGGUGAAGUGGCAUUUUAACUGUGUGAAGGCCUCGCAGACGGACAGUAGUCUAGAAAAAAUUCAAGGGGAGCUGGAGUUCCAGCCUCCAGUGGUUCUCACGCUCGAGGACACUGAGGUGGCCAACGGCGUGAUGAAUGGGCACGCACAGGUCCAUCUGGAACCCGCUCCUAGUUUCCGCAUGGAGCCAGUGACGGCCCUGGGCGUCCUCUCCCUGGUUCUCAACAUCAUGUGUGCGGCCUUGAACCUCAUUCGUGGGAUUCACCUCGCAGAACACUCUUUGCAGAUCGCCCAGGAGGAAAUUGGAAACAUCCUUGCUUUCCUUAUACCUUUUCUAGCCUGCAUUUUCCAGUGUUACCUGUACCUGUUCUACAGCCCAGCCAGGACCGUGAAGGUGGCCGUGCUGCUGCUCUUCAUCUGCCUGGGCAACGUGCACCUGCACGGGCUGCGGAACGCCUGGCAGAUCCUGUUCCACGUGGGCGUCGCCUCUCUGUCUUCACAUCAGAUACUGACCAGGCAGCUGCAGGAGAAGCCGUCCGACUACGGAGUGUGA